AAUGUGCCCUUCUGCCCCCUUGCCUUUCUGCCACUCUUUGAGUUCCCGUCGUUAAUUGAAGAGCCAGUGACUAUUGGCUGAAGUUCCCCCAACGAUUUGCAUGAACCGAGAGGGAGUGUCUUCUGCCGCCCUCCCUUCAAGAGCGCUCUGACUGCAGCCUCCCAGGGAAUGCGCGGCCGAGGGAAUGCGCGCAUCUCGCGGGCGCUGGGAGUGAGCUGGUGCCCGGCGACUUGGCACCCGUGCCUGGAUAUGGGGCGUCUACAUCGUCCCAGGAGCAGCACCAGCCACAGGAACCUGCCGCAUCUGUUUCUGUUUUUCCUCUUCGUGGGACCCUUCAGCUGCCUCGCGAGUUACAGCCGGGCCACCGAGCUUCUGUACAGCCUCAACGAGGGACUGCCCGCGGGGGUGCUCAUCGGCAGCCUGGCCGAGGACCUGCGGCUGCUGCCCCGGUCUGCAGGGAGGCCGGACCCGCAGUCGCAGCUGCCAGAGCGCACCGGUGCUGAGUGGAACCCCCCUCUCUCCUUCAGCCUGGCCUCCCGGGGACUGAGUGGCCAGUACGUGACCCUAGACAACCGCUCUGGGGAGCUGCACACUUCAGCUCAGGAGAUCGACAGGGAGGCCCUGUGUCUUGAAGGGGGCGGAGGGACUGCGUGGGGCGGCAGCGUUUCCAUCUCCUCUUCUCCUUUUUCUGACUCUUGUCUUUUGCUGCUGGAUGUGCUUGUCCUGCCUCAGGAAUACUUCAGGUUUGUGAAGGUGAAGAUCGCCAUCAGAGACAUCAAUGACAACGCCCCGCAGUUCCCUGUUUCCCAGAUCUCGGUGUGGGUCCCGGAAAAUGCACCUGUAAACACCCGACUGGCCAUAGAGCAUCCUGCUGUGGACCCAGAUGUAGGCAUUAAUGGGGUACAGACCUAUCGCUUACUGGACUACCAUGGUAUGUUCACCCUGGACGUGGAGGAGAAUGAGAAUGGGGAGCGCACCCCCUACCUAAUUGUCAUGGGUGCUUUGGACAGGGAAACCCAGGACCAGUAUGUGAGCAUCAUCAUAGCUGAGGAUGGUGGGUCUCCACCACUUUUGGGCAGUGCCACUCUCACCAUUGGCAUAAGUGACAUUAAUGACAAUUGCCCUCUCUUCACAGACUCACAAAUCAAUGUCACUGUGUAUGGGAAUGCUACAGUGGGCACCCCAAUUGCAGCUGUCCAGGCUGUGGAUAAAGACUUGGGGACCAAUGCUCAAAUUACUUAUUCUUACAGUCAGAAAGUUCCACAAGCAUCUAAGGAUUUAUUUCACCUGGAUGAAAACACUGGAGUCAUUAAACUUUUCAGUAAGAUUGGAGGAAGUGUUCUGCAGUCCCACAAGCUCACCAUCCUUGCUAAUGGACCAGGCUGCAUCCCUGCUGUAAUCACUGCUCUUGUGUCCAUUAUCAAAGUUAUUUUCAGACCCCCUGAAAUUGUCCCUCGUUACAUAGCAAACGAGAUAGAUGGUGUUGUUUAUCUGAAAGAACUAGAACCCGUUAACACUCCCAUUGCGUUUUUCACCAUAAGAGAUCCAGAAGGUAAAUACAAGGUUAACUGCUACCUGGAUGGUGAAGGGCCGUUUAGGUUAUCACCUUACAAACCAUACAAUAAUGAAUAUUUACUAGAGACCACGAAACCUAUGGACUAUGAGCUACAGCAGUUCUAUGAAGUAGCUGUGGUGGCUUGGAACUCUGAGGGAUUUCAUGUCAGAAGAGUCAUUAAAGUGCAACUUUUAGAUGACAAUGAUAAUGCUCCGAUUUUCCUUCAACCCUUGAUAGAACUAACCAUUGAAGAAAACAACUCACCCAAUGCCUUUUUGACGAAGCUGUAUGCUACAGAUGCUGACAGUGGGGAGAGAGGCCAAGUUUCAUAUUUUCUGGGACCUGAUGCUCCAUCAUAUUUUUCCUUAGACAGUGUCACAGGAAUUCUGACAGUUUCUACUCAGCUGGACCGAGAAGAGAAAGAAAAGUACAGAUACACUGUCAGAGCUGUUGACUGUGGGAAGCCACCCAGAGAAUCAGUAGCCACUGUGGCCCUCACAGUGUUGGAUAAAAAUGACAACAGUCCUCGGUUUAUCAACAAGGACUUCAGCUUUUUUGUGCCUGAAAACUUUCCAGGCUAUGGUGAGAUAGGAGUAAUUAGUGUAACAGAUGCUGAUGCUGGGCGAAAUGGAUGGGUCGCCCUCUCUGUGGUGAACCAGAGUGAUAUUUUUGUCAUAGACACAGGAAAGGGUAUGCUGAGGGCUAAAGUCUCUUUAGACAGAGAGCAGCAAAGCUCCUAUACUUUGUGGGUUGAAGCUGUUGAUGGGGGUGAGCCUGCCCUCUCUUCUACAGCAAAAAUCACAAUUCUCCUUCUAGAUAUCAAUGACAACCCUCCUCUUGUUUUAUUUCCUCAGUCUAAUAUGUCUUAUCUGUUAGUGCUGCCUUCUACUCUCCCAGGCUCCCCAGUUACAGAAGUCUAUGCUGUCGACAAAGACACAGGCAUGAAUGCUGUCAUAGCUUACAGCAUCAUAGGGAGAAGAGGUCCUAGGCCUGAGUCCUUCAGGAUUGACCCUAAAACUGGCAACAUUACUUUGGAAGAGGCAUUGCUGCAGACAGAUUAUGGGCUCCAUCGCUUACUGGUGAAAGUGAGUGAUCAUGGUUAUCCCGAGCCUCUCCACUCCACGGUCAUGGUGAACCUAUUUGUCAAUGACACUGUCAGUAAUGAGAGUUACAUUGAGAGUCUUUUAAGAAAAGAACCACAGAUUAAUAUAGAGGAGAAAGAACCACAAAUCUCAAUAGAACCGACUCAUAGAAAGGUAGAAUCUGUGUCCUGUAUGCCCACCUUAGUAGCUCUGUCUGUAAUAAGCUUGGGUUCCAUCACACUGGUCACAGGGAUGGGCAUAUACAUCUGUUUAAGGAAAGGGGAAAAGCAUCCCAGGGAAGAUGAAAAUUUGGAAGUACAGAUUCCGCUGAAAGGAAAAAUUGACUUGCAUAUGCGAGAGAGAAAGCCAAUGGAUAUUUCUAAUAUUUGAUAUUUCAUGGUGGAAUAACACAGAGAAAUGUUUUAACUGACUUUGGAUCUUCAUCACCUGAAAAAGUGUGUUGAUGGCAGUUCCAAUGAAGGACGACUAAUUUAUAACUUGUUCUAUAUUGUAAAUAGCUGUUUACAGGUUUUUAAAUUUAAAUUCAGAGGUUAUAAAAUGUGUACAGCAUUUUUAAGUGAAAAUUAGUACUAACAGCUAUAGGACUGUUAUUUAAAAAAAAAAAAAAAAAGAAAAAAGCUUGGACAUGGUUUGCAGCUUUCAAACACCAAGCAGAUGAUUGAUAAAACCUGGGAGUAAGGUAAGAAAAUGGAACAAAUUUUUAUCUAAAAAUUCCUGUUACCACAAGAGGGCAUCAGCUGCUCCUUUGCAGGGAACUGAGGUAUUGUACUUGACAGUUGUACAUGAAAUUAAUGAAAGAGUAUAUUUUAAAUAUAUUGUUUUUAACAUUAAACAAAUAUGAAAUUAAAGUAAAUUAAAUUUCACCCUAUUUAAAUAUAUGAUAAAAAAAGAAAUGCACUUGUAAACAGAAUGUUUAUUACCUCAUAAGUGCACAUAUAGUUUGAAAGAGAAGGCAUUAAAAAGAAGUGCAAUUCCUUUUUAGCAAGGAUAAAAGCAUUGCCUUGUGUUACAAAUUCGACCUGCUGAAGAGUAUUCCACUUUCUGUGUACUCGAAUUGCUUUCUGUUUGCUUUACCACUGCACUUGCUAUUAUUACAAGGGAAAUAGAUAUAUAUAUAUAUAUAUAUAUAUAUAUAUAUAUAUAUAUUCUUCGUUACAGAAAAUGUAACUAGUUAUUGUGCCCAAGAAAAACAGCCAGAAGCAAAGAAAUGCUUCAAUCCUUAGUUGCUUCAUAGAAAAUAGAAAUCAUAUUAAAAGUGAAUUCUUCUAGAGGCUUGUGUACACUACUGGUUGUUUUAGUUGGGCCUUUUAUAUGAAAGUUACACUGUACUUAUCUUUUUGUUGUUGUUUAGGUUUGUUGGCUACCAUUUCUGGCUUCCUUUCUUUGGUUUUGGAUUAAGUCCAACAGUUUAUUUGUAAGCCCUGCAGCAGAUUUCUUUGAUAAUUUAGCUUUUACUGAAUCUCUUGCAAUGAAGAAAGCUAUUUCAUCAGUGAUUUAUCACUUUCAAUUCAUUGUGUGAGCUGGAAAUAUUAUUUUAUAUGAGAGCUAUAGCAAAAUAAUCUGUAUAAACAAGGAAUGUGUUAGCUCAAACUGGAUCAUUUUACUUUUUGGCAUCAUGCAUCUGUACUGUACCAAAAGUGUUUAUAUGUCUGCAAAUUAAAGGUAUAUAUUUUCAUAAUUUCUUUCUCACUUUUAGCAGUUUAUAUUUGAACAUGGGCUUGUUAUUUCACUGAAGUGCCUGUCACUUGUUUGUUUUUAGGGUUAAAUGUGGGUAAACUGUAGUAUUCUGCUAUGCUAAAGUUUAUAUUGAACUAAUUCAUUAUUCAAUUAAACAUUGGGUAAAUUAUUAAAUGUGUGUGUAGUUAUAGAUAUAUAUAGAGUAGAAAGAGAGUAUGCCUAAAUGUUUGAUGUAAGUUCAUAUGAAAAUUUGCACCCAUGUAUGUGCACAUGCAUAUUAAUUUAUUAUAGAUUUAAUAUCAUUAUACAUUUUCAUUUUACCACAUAUUUAUAACAAAUCCUCUGUUAGCUGUGUUGCAAUAGCUUACGAUAAUUUUUAAAACAAAAAUACUCUGCAAAAAAGAAAUUGAAUGCAAACAGCCAAGUUCUUUUAGAUUUGUAUUAACUCAUUUAUCUUAUUUUUCUUCAAUUUCAGAAUUUCAAUAAAUAAAAUAAUAAGUAUAUGAGGAAGCAAUGUUUGUUACAAAAAGUAAAUAUAUUUUUAUUGGAAAUUCCUUUUGUACAAGAGGCAUCUGAGCUAAGAGACUAAGAUCAUUUAACCCCCAAAACUUUUCAUUUAUAACUGAUAUGUAGCAAUGGAGGAAACAUCUCUUACUAGUCAUAUUUUAUUUCUUAUUUUUUUUGUAAAGAAAGGAACUUCGUGAGAUAAAAGUAACACUAUUUAUUUUUUAAGAAUCCUCCAUAAGUGCAAUAAUUUUACCAUCAGUAUAAAUAGCACAAUUUUCUAUUCAUUUCCAAAUUUGAAGAAGGUUCAUGUGUUUUGGGGAAUGGACUUUAUCUCCAGCAUGAGAAAUGCCUGUAACAUUAAUAAAAAUAUGUAUUUCGGAAUAA